GCCGGAGCUCGUGUGGCGGGGCCGGGGCCGCUGUGCCCCGGGCCGGUCUGUCCGAGCCCCCGGACCGGUCUGUCCGAACCCUCGGGCCGGUCUGUCCGAGCCCCCGGGCGCGCACAGUAAGUGCUCGAAACUCUGUGAAUCUGCGCAGCCCCGAGCCCGGGCGUCUCGGAGUCACCCGCGGCAACGUCGGGUUACCCCCCGUUCAUAGCCCGUGGGUGCUGCGGGCCCCCGGACAAAGCGGGCGCGCCGGGCCAGUCGCCUUUGGUUCUCUCUUCCGUUCCCCGCCCGCCUCCUUAAAAUAAGUGUGUUUCUUUUACAGGGGUGAAGGCAAUGAGUGACAACGAGCAGGACUGGCUGGCUCUGAGGCCUCAGGAACCUUCUCCAUCCCAGUGCUGCGGCAGCGGCUGCAAGCCCUGCAUCUAUGAUGUGUACGAGAAGGAGCUUGCACAGUGGGAGAGAGCCAAAGCAAUGCAAGACAAAAGCCUUCUCCUGGGAAAGAAGGAGCAGAGCAGUAAUUCAGAGCUGAAUCCAGAUACAUUCACUGCAUUCAGUGUGAGCUCAGUGGAACAGCUGACAGAGGACACCUACCAGUACAAAUUUGAAUUACCGGGAAAUAGCAGCCUGCAAUUGAGUUUAGGACAACAUAUCGUGUUAAGAGGAGUGGUGAAUGGUUUGGAGGUCCAGAGAGCCUAUACUCCAAUUAGCCCCAGGAAUGCAGAAGGCUACUUUGAAGUUCUAAUUAAAUGCUAUGAAGCUGGGCUAAUGUCAAAAUACAUAAAAACGUGGAAAAGAGGAGACGUGGUCUUUUGGCGUGGGCCGUUUGGAGGGUUCCCAUACCAACCCAAUAAGCAUGGAGAACUCCUCAUGCUGGCCUCUGGCACUGGCCUUGCACCAAUGAUUCCUAUUCUUCAGUCCAUAACAGAUGAUGAAGAGGAUGAAACCUUUGUAACUCUUGUUGGCUGCUUCCCUACCUUUGACAAAAUUUAUUUAAAACCUCUUCUGCAGGAUUUGGCUCGGUACUGGAAUAUUAGAAUAUUUUAUGUCCUAAGCCAGGAAACUUCUCUGGAAAAACUCCCUUGGAGCUAUCAGGAAAACACGUACACCGGUCGUCUCAGUGAAGACUUGAUGAAGACAAUAGUAAAUUCCUGUCGAAGAAGGCCGUUUGUAUUAAUUUGUGGCUCUUCUGCAUUCAGUGAAGACAUGAGCAGAUACUUGAAAGCUGCAGGAGUUGAAGAAAAUUCCUAUUUUGUCUUUUAGCAGGACAUUCCUGACCUGAGGAACCUUAGGCUGAGCCUUGGAUGUCCUUGUUUCUUUGCAGACAUUGCGCAAAACGGGCCUGCUCAGAAGACUGAGCUCCUUGGAGCAACUAUUUGUUGGUCCUCCCCUCCGUGGUGUUGUAAGGGACAGGUGCCAUUCCAGAGUGGCUGGUAAAUGGUGUACCACCCAUACCUCAGGGACUAGGAUGGCACUUUCAGUGGAAGUCUUCAAGUGCAAUUUUGAGAGAGAGGUCUCCUGAGGGGGUACUAGAAAGCAUCCAUGCACACAGCUCUUCUGUAAUAUGAAGACUGGUGACUUGCUUUGCAGUCUGUUAUUCUGCAGCAGUGUUGUGCCCUGUUAGGUGUCCAGAGGAGAGAUAUAAUCCUCAGGGAUCCUUACCAGGCUAAGGGGACAGCAGAGUUGGGAUCAUUUUGGUUCUGUCAU